AUGGCCUUCUCACGGGCAUCCCGGACAGGGCGUGUGGGAGGGCACGGAAUGAUGGCUUUGCUGCUGGCUGCUCUUCUCCUGCCAGGGACCUUGGCUAAGAGCAUCGGGACCUUCUCAGACCCUUGCAAGGACCCCAGGCGUAUCAUCUCUCUCAAUGAUCCCUGCUUCGCUGGGAAGGGUGGCUCCAGCGGCUCUAGCAGUUCUGUUUCCAGUUCCAAUGGCGUCCCCAAUGGUGGAUCCAGUGGCGGCUCCAGCAGUGGUUCUAGUGCUUCCAGUGUCUUCAGCAGUGGGUCCAGUGGAUACAGCGUCUCCCAGGGUGGUCCUUCAGGAUCUUCAGUAUUUAAACCAGGAACAGGGUAUUCCCACAUCAGCUAUUCCUCCGGAUCUGCCUCUGCUCUACAAAAUCCAUCCAACAUCCCCCAGGCUGGAAGCAUCAGCUCCCAAUCAGGGUCUAGCUCAGCUUCAGUCCUCAGCGAUGGUUCUUCCCAUGUGGUAAUAAGACCUUCCCUGACUGGAGGAAGCUUAAGCUCGUCUGUUUCCAAAACCUCUUGGAUGUCCAGCAGUGGUGGCCAAAGUGUCAGCUCUAAUGUGCACCCCUGUAGUUCAGAUGUUCCAGACUCUCCCUGCAGUGGAGGCCCCAUUGUCUCACACUCUGGCUCCUAUACCUCUGGCUCCCACACCGUGUCAGGGGGUCAGAGGCCAGUGGUGGUGGUGGUGGAGCAGCAUGGCUCUGGUGGCCCUGGUGGCCCUGGACUGGUUCAAGGUGUCCCCUGCAACAAUGGUGGCCUUUCAGGAAAGCCCUGCCCCCCUAUCACCUCUGUGGUCGAUAAAUCCUAUGGUGGUUAUGAGGUAGUAGGUGGCUCCUCUAACAGCUAUCUGGUUCCUGGCAUGACCUACAGUGGGGGAAAGAUCUACCCCGUGGGGUACUUCACCAAAGAGAACCCUGUCAAAGGCUCCCCAGGAGUCCCCUCCUUUGCAGCUGGGCCCCCCAUCUCUGAGGGCAAAUACUUUUCUAGCAAUCCUAUAAUCCCCAGCCAAAGCUCUUCUAGUUCCAGCAUCUACCAAUCUGGAGAUUCUGCAGCCAUUGUGUUCCAGCCCGUGGGCUCUGGUGGGGUCCAGCCUUGUAGGGCUGGUUCCACAGGCUCCAAGGGGCCCUGCUCCCUCUCCAGUUCUGGAGUCCACAGUAGUUCUAGCAGUUCCAGCAGUUCCAGUUCAUCCUUCCAUCCCUGUGGCAGUGUUUCUCAGGGGCCUUGCUCCCCACCAGGCACUGGCUCCCUAAGCAGCAGUUCCAGCUCCCAAUCCAGUGGCACAAUCAUUCUUAAGCCCUGUGGCAGCAAGUCUAGCUCUUCUGGUAGCCCUUGCAUUUCUGUCUCCUCCUCAUCAUUGAGUGGGGGUCCUGCUGGCUCUCACCAACCUGACCCCUCAGCUGGUGCUAAGCCCUGUGGUCCCAGCGUCUCUGGAAAGAUCCCCUGUCGCUCCAUCCGGGACAUCCUGGCCCAUCUGAAACCUCUGGGGCCCCAGCUAGCUGACCCUGAAGUUUUUCUCCCCCAGGAAGAGAUACCCGAGAGUCCAUAA